CUACACUACACUACACUACACUACACUACAUACGCACGCAAAAUACCCCGGUAGGCUACCACUUAUUUAAAAAUAGCCAGAAUGGCCUCGGCGACGGGAAUACCCCAACAUCCCCCGGUGGAUUCGGACAACGGACAACAAGACGAUCAAGAGCCUCUGCUAGGCCACCCGGGGGAUGUUUCUCAAAGAGACAACGCUCCCGUAGUCAAAAACCUCGUCAUUGGCACCGGCGUAAUCGCCGAGGCUGGCGGCAUCCUCCUCGUAGCCUCCGUCUGGGCCGCCGUCUUCCUCAACGGGCCGCUGAUCCUAUUCUCGGUGCACCCUCUCGCGCAAUCGGUCGGCCUGCUCGUGCUCAUCCAGUCGAUCCUCGUCCUGCAGCCCACGCACACCGGCGCCCAGAAGCAAGUCGGCCAGAAGAUCCACGCCGGGCUAAACUUCCUAGGCAUCGUCACCUUCGCCGUCGGCGUCAUCAGCAUCGAAGUCAACAAGUUCAUAAACAAUGGCCCGCACUUCCACUCCGUCCACGCGUACCUGGGCGUCAUCGCCUCGUUCUGGCUGCUGGCCCAGUAUCUAGUUGGGUUCACGAUGUUCGCUGUCCCGAAGCUGUACGGCGGCGAGGCGCAAGCCAAAAGCAUCUGGAAGUACCAUCGCUCGAGCGGCUACGUCCUGCUCUUGUUCCUUGCGGCUACUGUGAUCAGCGCGACGCGGACUGACUACAACCUGGACGUCCUAGGGCUGAGGCUGUGGGCCACGAUCGUCAUCGCGCUGUUGAUAGUUAUUGGCGUCUUCCCGCGGAUUAAGAAGCAGAAGCUGGGCUUUUAAAGCAAUGCUACCUCUUAGAAGAUACGAUGAGAAGACGCAAUUGUCCAAACAGCAUGUAGCGCAUUGCAAAAUGAUGAUAUUUUACAGUGUACACCUUGGCAGUUCGUGCCAGGCAUGUUAGGUAGUUUUAUAGGGUUUUAUAUCCCUUUUCUAUACUUUCUCUCCGGUGUUUGGCUAUGGCGUCAAAUCAUCGAUUCGGUUGGUUCGGUACUGGAGUGUUCAUCCUAAUGGAGUUCUACGCAAUUUUUGGUAUACGGUUAUAUUCAUGGUGGAUGUGUAAAAGUGCCGCUUAGCAUGGCAGGAUGCCUCGUGUUGGAGUCAGGAAGGCUAGGGUAGUAAUAAUAAAAGAUGCAGCAUCCUAUCGAA